AUGGCUCAAGAGGACUUUCUCCGCGACUGGCCGCAGCUGAAGCUGAAGGCGUCUUCAGCUGACUACUACUUCGAGUCCUACAACCACUACGGCGUGCAUGAGGACAUCCUGCGGGAUGGCGCCACCCUCCCGGCGUUUCAGCAAGCCAUCUUGCAGAGCCGGAAACUUGGAUCGGGGGUCGAAAGGGAAAUGUAA